AUGGCAGACACCGUAGAUAGCAGUCUUCCGGCAUCCAUUCUACAUGGCUGCUGCUUCGAAACAGAUCGGCUCCUUGUGCAGGAGUUCAAGCCAACCUUCGCGCGCUGGCAUUCUGCAGCUGAAUCAAAGGAACAUGAGUUUGACGUUGCCUCUGUUGUUGUCGCCUCACUGCUCACCGAAGAGGUGACCAAGCCACUCCCACCUCAUUGGCAAGGCCCUUACUCACCAGACAGGGCCAGGCAGUGGAUGUGCGACUUGAUCGAUGAACCCAUGACCACGCUGCUCUUUGCGGUGUCCAAAGAGCGUGGCACAGGAGACACUGAAAGAAGUGGGGACGAGGACGAUGCUUUGAAGAUGGCUUCUGACUCAAUUGUUGGACUAGUGAUCGCUUUCGAACUGGCCGUGGAGGGAUCUGGCUUCCAGAAGGACAUUCGCUUGGGCUACCUGCUGUCUGAAAGGUUCUGGGGCCAAGGCUUUGCAUCAGAGCUCGUGAGGGGGUUUGUCAGCUGGUGCCGGCAGUUCAAUGGAACUGACACACGACAGAUUGCCUCCAUUAUUGGUGGAGUGGCUCGGACGAACGUGGCAUCCAAACGCGUCCUCGUGAAGAAUGGCUUCCAAAGCAUCAGCAGCGGAAGUCCCUCGACAGACGGCGAAGACGAGCCGGAAGAAGAGGAGUUCCACUUGCAGCUCAUCGGCUGA